UUUUUUUGGACAAAUAAGAAUAAUUUAUACUUCAAAGCUUUUGAACAUCUACAAAAGAUUCUAUUGCCAUUUUAUAAAACUAACUUUUUUAUGAAGCAACCCAGUAAACCCUUUUUUUUGUUCUAUUAUACUCGGUUCGAAACCAAUACCAACCCCUACAUACUCUUUCUAACAUACAAAAAAUUCACAUAUUUUUUACCAAAACACCUAAAAAUAUAUUUAAAAAUUUAUUUUAGACCAAAAAAUAAAGAAAUAAUUGUGGAUGCAGUUGAUUUUAAAGUUGAAGGACUUUUUAGAAAUAAUGUAACAUUAACUAGUAAUGUUAACCAAGCAUCGCCUGGAGAGCCAAUUAAAUUUUCUGUCCACGCAUCUCCAAAUUCUUUUGUUGGUCUUUUAGCUAUAGAUCAGUCUGUUUUGUUGUUAAAAAGUGGAAAUGAUUUAACUAAAGAAUUGGUUGAACAAGAUUUGGAAGAAUAUGACACAAUAAGCAGUGGAAAUAGAUUUUGGGGAGAUUUCCGUAUGAAACGUCGUGCUAGAUCAAUAUGGUAUCCAUUUUGGGGUGUUGGUGGAAGGGAUGCUAAUUCUAUAUUUAAGAAUUCUGGUUUAAUUGUGCUUACUGAUGCUUAUCUCUACUCUGAACCCGAAUCAAUUGGAUUGUUUGGAUAUCCAGUUAGUGAUGAAGGAUUUGUAAUGGAUGAUGCUUCUGUUGAAUCUUUAGCAGUUACUCCAAAUAAAAAUGUUUUAAAGCCCUUGGUGAGGAAAAGGUUUCCAGAGACUUGGAUUUGGAGUGAUAUGUUAACAAGUGAAAGUGGAGAAGCCGUUUAUGAAACAACAGUACCAGAUACUAUAACCUCUUGGAUUUGUUCAGCAUUUGCAAUUAAUGAAGAAAAUGGACUUGGAUUGGCACCUUCACAACUUAAAUUGCGCGUAUUUCGCCCAUUUUUCCUUCGUUUGGAAUUACCAUAUUCUGUAAAAAGGGGAGAGAAAAUGGCCUUACAAGUCCUUAUAUUUAAUUAUUUGGAAACUGAACAAGAAGUAACAGUUACUUUAAAGCCAAAUCCAGGCUUUGAAUUACUUCAAAAAGACGGCUCACCAUUAAGACCACCUCGGCAAGAUUUAAAACAAAACAACGGAAAUACCAAAACAAAUACUGUUUUGUAUAGUAGAUCACUUUCUGUGCCUGGAGGGGGUGGCACUAGAGCUGUAUAUUUCCCUCUAAAGUUUACUGAAAUUGGACAGAUACGUCUUUCUUUACAAGGACGUGCUGAACAGGCAAAUGAUGCAAUUGAACAAACUUUGUUGGUUGAACCAGAAGGAUAUAGAGUUGAUAGAAAUAUACCUUUAGUUGUUGAUUUAAGUCAAACAACAACAUUAACAACAACAACAACUGAAGCAAAUGAACAACAAAAUAUUCAAACACCUGAAUUACAACAACAACAAUCACCUCAAUUUCAUCAAAUUUUAGAAAUGCAAUUCCCUGCUGAUUAUGUUACUGGCUCGAGGAAGGUAAAAUAUAUUUUUGUUAUGUAA